AUGUGUGUGAUGAGAGCUACUUUGUGUUGUUGUCUCUUGUCCAUCUGUAAUGUGUCGUGUAAUGAUAUAAAAAUUAUAAAACAAACCGGAAUUUCUUCGCACCUUUGUCGCGACGUGAAAGAGUUGGCUGAAAUGUGUUUUAAGAGUAAUUCGAAUCCAGUUUUUAUCUCUGCGGAUCUAAUAAGCAAAGAUUGGGAUCCCGGUGGUAAUUCGUGGGUUGUGAUUGACCAUAAAUUUCAGAAACAGGCUAUGGGCUUUAAUUCAGCUUAUCCAACAUACGUACUCUCAUUUGAGUCUAUGGGUUACUUGAAAGCAGCUAUUAACCAUUUUCGGAAAUCAACUGCAUGGAGCAUCAAGUCUCCAUUUUUGAUCGUUGAAAAAAAAUCAUUGUGUUCGAAUGCUGGAGAAGUAUUGCAAUUCAUGUGGAAGGAGGAUCUAUUGGCUGUCUAUUACCUGUGUAGUCAUCAAUAUAUAUACAACGACUGUUUUCAAGUUAAAUCUAUUUGCAACCCACGCUCCAGCACCGUGGGUUUUUUUUUGGAUUUAGCGAUAAUGGAAAGUUAUUGA